AUGAUACCACACUUCUCCAAUCCUCAUUUCCUCCCGAAAGCCUUUGAAACCGUUUCUCGAGCAGAAUUAUAUUGCGAUGACGAUGCAGACAUCUCUCAUACGUGCAGUGAAUCAGAAGUUUCCAGAUUAAAUCAGCUCCUCGCGCAAACUAUCGAAAUCAUACAUUAUACACCCAAGUCUCAUUCGGACCAUGCCAGUGAAAGAAAGAAAAAACGCAGAAAGCUGGAAUAUGCUGCCAAAGUUGAAGGGGUCAUUAACAUUGAACUGGAUGAACAACCUUUGUUCCGGCUUGUUUCGUCCACUUUACCACCUUUGCCCGUCUCUCUUCUUCCCCCACCACCGCCACCGCCAAUAACUCGAGAGCCUGAACCUGAAGAUACUGAAAUUCAAGCUGCUAUUCGCCGAGAACGCGCUCAGAUCGCGUCUAUUGACGGGGAGACAAUUCUUCGACAGUCGAAACCCACUCAGAGCACGUCGACCUUCGAUUUUCAUUUGAAUUUGCGCACGAAACUUGAAAAUCCGAAUCCACCCAUCAUGAUCAUCCGAACUACACAGUUACCGAGAAAGACACGACCUCCUGUUGAAUCCUCUAAACUUUUGAUGUAUCCCUAUAAAUCCGAUAUCUCUACGUUGGUUGUCGAAGCCAUCAAACCAGGAAAGGAUUUCCAAACUGUUGAUGCAGAGACAUCGCAGGCAGAGGUAUCGUUGACUCAUCGACGAAGUAGGAGAAGACAUAAAGCGAACUCCCAGAAUAGAAAGCAUCCUGUGCCGCAGUUUUGGCGACCGAGUUCUUCACUAGAAGGGAAGUGCAGAGGAUACGCGUAUGGAUAUCCAAGCUACAUAGCUGCCGCGACAGGUUCUAUGAAAGAAAAAUAUUCAAGAGAUCGUAUGAAGACUGGGGUUCAUAUAGAUGGCUGGACAUACACUAAGAAAAAGAGUUUGAACACGAUUCCCAGAGGCCACGUUCCGAAAACCAACAUAAGCAUGACUUCGACGCCUCCACGCUCAAAUCUGUUCCCGAUACCUGGUGCAAUGCCACGACUGCCGUCUCCAUCAGGGUCUAGAAAUAGAGGAUCUAUUGGCUCGACGUUUUCUUUUGGCCCUCAAAAUCUAGUUUAUUCAUAUCUCGACGCAAACUCGAGUACAAUGUCCAAUACUUCAGCUGCUUUGGAUCCCAAUCGUUCAACAAUGACGGCCUCUCCUCAAAGAUCUCCUAAGAAACACAGAAAAGGGAAAUCAAGUACAACAAAGCAUCCUCUUGCCAACGAUACAACAGACGUCUUCGCGGAUUCUGAGGACGACGGAGACGAUGAAAGCGAGCACGAGUGGGGGAUGGUAGAUCGCAUGCGUUUGUGGCGACACGACGCGUUAAUGCAGCAUCUUUAUGAUACGGCAGCAUUUUGGGGUGAUAAGAUCCUUAGUUGGACAAAUGACGCCAAUGACGCCUUUUGGCUUGCCCAAACUUAUUUUAUGACCAACCAGUACUCUCGGGCGGAACGACUGCUUACACGGCCUUUUCCUCUAACCUCUUCCAAAAUACCCCAGGUGCCAACAGCCACAAAUGGCCAUGCUCCUCAAUACCAAUCGACUACGAAAGGGAAAGGUCGCGAAUAUGAUGCAUCUCAACUGAUGUUAUCGAUGCCCCGUCUGCCUAUGGGUGCAGGUGGUAUGAUUGAGCUCCCGGAGGAGAUGCAGGACAAGGUGUCACGUCUCGUCGAUAUGAGUGUUGCAUGCAGAUACCUUGCAGCGUUGUGCCAGGUUAGGCAGGGCCACUGGACUGAUGCGUCGGAGAUGUUGGGACAAGCCAAUCCAUUUAAUGGGACAGGCGCUCGGGGACCAGAAGUACGGAACGUAGAUGGGGGUAUAAAGGUCGAGGCAUCUAUGUGCCAUUUGAGAGGCGUUCUGAAUCUGAAACUCAACCGCGGGGAACAAGCAAAACAGUGUUUUAUGGAGGCACUGGCUUUAGAUGUUAAAUGCUACGAUUCAUUCGAACAGCUGGUGUCGAGUGAAAUGAUGACUCCAGAUGAAGAGUGGGAAUUUGUUCAAGGUCUCGCAUACGCUGCUCAAACUCCAGAAGACGCCCAAUUCGUCCAAUUGAUAUACACAACACGUCUCAGAAAAUACAAGCACCAAGCUGAACACGCUCUAACGAGGUCCCGAUUGGUAGAGGAAUACGGCUUAGGGGACAAUCCUGAUGUCCUAUUCAGUUUUGCUGAUGCACUCUAUACAAGCUUUCGUUGGGCCGAUUGCUUUACGAUGACAACAAGGAUCCUUGGACUCGUAAAUAUUCAUAAACCGACAAUGCCACUGCACAUUGCCAGCAUGUACCAUCUGUCUCAUCUACAUUCCAAAUUAUUUAUCCUUGCCCAUGAAAUGGUUGACCGGGAGCCAGAGAACGCACUUAGUUGGUACGCUGUGGGAAUUUGGUACCUGGGCUGCGCCAAAUGGGCGGAGGCUAGACAAUACCUAAGCAAGACGUCACUUAUGGACCCUCGCUUUGCUCCAGCUUGGAUAGCAUUUGGCCACACGUUUGCCCUUGAAGGCGAACAUGACCAUGCUGUUACAGCCUAUUCAACGUGCGCUCGAAUGUUCACAGGGUCCCACUUGCCCCUUUUGUUUGUCGGGAUGGAGCACAUCAUGCUGUCAAACUAUGCAUUGGCUGAUGAAGCUCUGGAAGCUGCAUAUUCAAUGUGCGAUGGCGAUCCAUUGUUGAUGAACGAACGAGCUGUAAUGGCAUAUAAUCAUGGAGAAUAUGGAAAGGCUGCUCAUUUAUUUCAGCAAGCCUUGGAUCUUGCAGAUAUCACUCAGACAUCUCAAAAAGCAUGGGCUACGACCUUUUUGAAUUUGGGGACGUGCUAUCGCAAACUAAAACGUCUUGAAGACGCUCGUGGUGCCUACCAAAAAGUCCUCGAGCUUGAUGCUCGCAAUGCCAUCGCUUUGGGCUUUCUCGGGAUAGUUUACCAUUUGCAGAACGACCUGGAAAAAGCGAUCGUCAAAUACCAUGAGGCCUUGAGUGUUGAUCCUAUUAACCCCCAGAUAUUAGAACUCCUUAACAUAGCGCUCGAUUCUUCCGCGGUCCCUAUUCCUUCCAAAGAAGCUACCGAGGCCGAAUUUGUAACUGCAGUGAAAGCUCUGAAACUCAAGUACAGCCGCAUUAUGAACAAAGGAAAGGAACGGGCAGUGGGUGGCGGAGGUGACGCUAUGACAAUCGGAUAG